UUUCCUGGAUAACAGACUAAUACCUGAACAGAAAGCAGCCUUUGUUCUUUCUCGUGGAGCCAGCAAAAUGAUGAUUUGCUGACCAAAGCCCUCGCUGCACACGUGGGUGACGCUCCCAGCCAGCCUCAUCAGGCAGUAAUCAGCUCCUUGGUUUAGUUGGCAACAGCUCAUCACUUCUGAGAAACUUCACCAUCCUCAGAGGAGUGGAGAAAAGAUGUGGACAAGUCCCAUGGAGCUCAAGUGGCUUUUGAUGUGGCUCUUGUUUGGAUUCAUCAAGGGGAAUAAGACAGGUACAUGCCCACAUCUUCCAACAACUGAAUUUGCUGAUGUUACUGCUGAAAUGUAUCCACUACAGACCAAACUGUACUAUAAGUGUGACCCUGGCUAUGCCAGAAAAGCUGGUGUAUACCCAGGAAUUCAGUGCCAGAGUAAACAGCAGCGUGCUGUUUGGAUAUACAUACCAUUUGAAUGCAUUGAUGAGAAAAAUUUGUCAUCAAUGGCUCCCACGAUGGAGUUAGAAAGAGAAUCAAGGGGCCAUGCACCCCAGAAGCAAGAAGACAUUUCAGAGUCCAAACAGAAAGAUUUCUGUGGUCCUCCCAAGUCUGUUCCACAUGCCUCCAUAAGUCUGCCCAAAAAAUAUUAUGUGGGACAAGUCUUACAUUUCAAGUGCCAGACAGGUUAUGAUAAGAGACCCCCCACUUCUGGCAACAGGACAUGCAAGGAGGAGAAUGGCAAAAUCAUCUGGACCCACCUUGAUAUGAGAUGCACCAAUGACAGCAACCAAUGGCCACCAGAGAUCAUUGGGCCAGGUUUGACUCUUCUGUCCUCUUCCCCUUCCUCAUCAGGGACACUGCCAGUGACAGGUUUUACAGCUAUCUGGUUUGUUCUGCUUAUUAUUCCCAUUGCCUUUGUGUGACUCACCAAGCAGACAAUAAGGGACAACUUCUCAGGGAAUUGUGGCAUUCAGAUGUAAACUCAUGAAGUUAAUGACUUGCCACAGAAGAAACCAGAUUGUUCCAGCAACCUUAAGACCAGCAGUGGCAAAUGAGGAGGAAGCCUGGACACAAAUCCAACCUGUGAAGGAGGCAGAAGAUGUCACAGCUUAAGUCUAAUGGGGACAGCAUGCCCUUCCACCUACAGAGUGCUGGUAGGAGGACUGCACCCUAUCACUGACAGAUGGGAAAGAGCCCUGCCUGAAACUGCUUCCCAAACCCACUUCUCCUCCCACCAUGCAGCAGAUGUAUUUCCAAUAAAACUGCAGCCCCUCCCAAGCCACCAGGAGUACAUAUGGACCAUUAUCCCAAGCACAUUAAAGGGUACCACUGUCAUUUCAGCCCACACACCACCCUCCCCACAAACAGCAGCUUUGCUGGACGCCUGAUGUCCCCCUGCCUCUUCCCCACCCAGGUGGGUCAAGUGCAGGAACACUUUUCUCUUCAAUUGUUCCCCUUGGAAAUUAAACCCCUUCACCCCCUGCACUGCAGCUGAAAAUCUGACUGGAUUCCCUUAUGGUUCACUAUAUACAUGCAUUCCUCAUCACUCCCCUCUUCCCAGUUAUUUUGGAUUAGUGUUUUCUAUGACAGUUCCUACAUAAUUCCUCCAGCUCAGACAAGGAAGCUGCAGAUCAUGGCAGCUGAUUAAUUUGACAGCUCCUUUUGUAGCUACAGAGUGUGAGAGAGCCCAGUGCAAAGGCAUCUGAGGACAGGCUCAAGCACACAUAAUACUUGACAUGUUCUUGUAUUAUUGGGAAUUUGCAAGGUCUGGAUAUUCUUCUGCCUUUUUUUAGCCACACUCAGCUGGGUAAGAUGAAUUUCACCUGGCUGAAUGCAAGUAUCUGUGUCUGAGGCAAG